UACUUGAUUGUACAAAUAGUUUCUUCAUUUUGUCCACUUGAUGUCGCUGUUACAUCGACAAAACACGAAACAUUGUGGAGCUCCACCAAGCUUUUGUUACGCAGCUCACAGCGGAUAAGACAUUUGACAAAAGAAUGCGAAUUGAGAGACAUCGGUGUGUGGAUUCUGAAUGAGUGGACGGACAUAAAGAACUGAUCAAUUGCCUGAAAGGUGUGUCGCCAUCCGAUCAGGAUGAGGACAGGAACACGGCGCCGAUCAGCAGACUGCUGCUGGGUUGCUUUUUAUUUUUUCCUGCCGCUGUUUUUCAGAGCGCAGGUUGAAGCUCAGCUUAAAUAUUCGAUUCCAGAGGAAAUGAAAGAAGGAACAGCUGUUGGAAAUGUUGUCAAGGAUCUCAGUCUGGACAAAACCUCGUUGAUUGACCGUCGAUUUCGUGUUGUGUCCGGUUCUGACACAUUUUUCUUGAUGAACCAGGACAAUGGUGCCUUACAGGUCAGUAAGAAAAUCGACAGAGAGGAGCUUUGUCAGGGUGCCGCUGCAUGCGUCAUCGAGAUAAAAAUCUUGGUUGAAAAUCCCAUGGAAGUGCAUUACGUAGUGGUGGAAAUUACUGAUGUAAACGAUCACGACCCCACGUUUGCUGAAAAGGAGCAAACGUUUGAAAUAGUGGAAAAUUCACCACCAGGGACGCGAUUCCAACUACAACCAGCCCGUGAUCCGGAUGCAGGAAUGAACACCAUACGCACAUACUCACUGACAGCAAAUGAUCACUUUGAAAUAGACAUUAAUCAGAAUGAUGAAGAUAUAAUCCCAUUUUUAGUGCUGAAGAAGUCCUUAGACAGAGAGCAAAAAGAUAAAUACGCGCUAAUUGUAACGGCAGUCGACGGAGGAAAACCUGAAAGAUCAGGAAGGCUAAAUGUUUCUGUUAAUAUUCUUGAUAUUAACGAUAACAAACCAGUUUUCAUUCAGGAUACUUACCAAACUCAAAUACAAGAAAAUUUACCUAUUAACACGAUUAUUAUGAGGGUGAGUGCAGUCGAUCCAGAUGAGGGCACUAAUGGGGAAAUAGAGUACAGAUUUGGUAAAAUGCUCAGACGAAAGGUCUAUGAUAUUUUUGAAUUAGACAGAUUAAAUGGAGAAAUUAAAGUGAAAGGAGUUUUGGAUUAUGAAGAAUUUGAUAUCUAUAAACUCGAUGUGGAGGCAUCAGACAAAGGAACACCUCCAUCAACAGGCAGGUGUAGAGUCAUUGUGAAAAUUAAGGACUUGAAUGAUAAUCAGCCUGAAAUAGAAAUCACAUCACUGUCAAACACAGUGUCUGAGGAUUCAAAACCUGGUACAGUUAUUUCUCUGAUUAGUGUGAAAGAUAAAGAUUCUGGUGUGAAUGGAAAAAUUAUUUCAUAUUUAACAAAUAAUGUUCCUUUUGAAUUAAAACCCUCUUAUAAGGAGAAUACUUAUUCAGUUGUGACUAAAGGAUUUUUGGAUCGAGAACAAAUGUCACAUUAUGAAAUAACAAUCAAAGCCACAGAUUGUGGUGAGCCUCCCUUAUCCACUUUAAAAACACUGAAUAUUCAGAUUUCCGAUGUCAAUGAUAACAGUCCACAUUUUGAACAAAAUCCGUUACUGUUUUAUCUUGUAGAAAAUAAUGUUGCUGGAAAGUCAAUAUUCUCUGUAAGUGCAACAGACAAAGACCUGAAUGAUAAUGCAGUUAUUACUUAUCAUAUUGUAAGAGAAGGUCAAAAUGGAAUAAUGUCUUUCCUAAAUAUAAAUCCUGAUAACGGACACAUUUCAGCACUAAAAAGUUUUGACUUUGAAACACUGAAAAGUUUCCAGUUCCAAGUUGUGGCCACAGAUUGUGGAACUCCAUCACUGAGCAGCAACGUGACAGUGAACAUGUUCAUUCUGGAUCAGAACGACAACCCUCCAGUCAUCCUGUAUCCAGUCAGUGCUAACGGUUCUGCUAAAGGUGUGGAGGAGAUUCCCCGAAAUGUGAAUGCAGGUCACUUGGUGACUAAAGUCAGAGCCUAUGACGCUGAUAUAGGAUAUAAUGGCUGGUUACUGUUUUCACUGCAGGAGCUUACUGACCACAGUCUGUUUGCUUUGGACCGCUAUACAGGACAGAUCAGAACACUUCGCUCAUUCACAGAGACAGACGAGGCUGAGCAUAAACUGGUCAUAAUGGUCAAAGACAAUGGGAACGUUUCACUCUCAGCAACAUCUACUGUGACUGUCAAACUUGUGGAGCCCAAAGAGGCUUUUGCAGCUUCUGAUGUUAAAGGUUCAGCAAAAGAUGAAGAGGACAAUAAUGUGACUUUUUAUCUCAUGAUCACUUUGGGCUCAGUUUCCACACUUUUCCUCAUCAGUAUCAUUGUGCUGAUUGCCAUGCAGUGCGCCAAAACCACAGACUAUUCCUCCAAGUAUUUGCAAGAAGCAAAUUAUGAUGGAACUCUGUGCAACAGCAUCCAGUACAGAUCUGGAGAGAAGCGUUACAUGUUAGUUGGACCCAGAAUGAGUAUUGGAUCUACUGUAGUUCCUGGAAGCAAUGCAAACACUCUUGUGGUUCCUGACAGGAGACAAACAUCUGCAGAGGUAAGACAUUAA